AUACAGUCAUACAGUAGUGGAAUUUCUAAAUAUGGAUGAUUUUUUUUAGCACAAAUUUAGUUCAUGUAAGUAGGUAAAGGUGGUUGGUUGCAUAUGUUAAACCAAACAAUUUUAUGAAUAAAGUUUCAAUUUUUAUUAUGGAAAAAAAUGAGUGCAUACAUUUUCAUCCAUGCGCACGCCAAUCCAAAAAGGGUAGAGAGAGACACAAAGCAACAAAAAAAGGAAAUGGAAGAGAGAGAGAGAGAGAGAGAGAGAGAGAGAGAGAGAGAGAAAGGAGUGGUGGGUAUUUGAAAUGGGAGGCGCACUAACUCAACCAACAGAGAAAAAAAAAAGGAAAACAAAAACCCCACCUUCAACAAUCAUUACAAUUUACAGUCAACCACCAUUCUCACUUCUUCUUUUCUUGAAAACCCUUUUCACAUUCUAUUCUCUUUUUUUCUUUUUUUUUUUUUGGGUUUUUUUGGAUUAAUGGUUUUGUGGGCAGUUGUUGUUUCUUGAGAAAAAAGUUGGGUUUUUUUGGGUUUUGGUUGUGCCUUGUUUGGUUGGUGUAUAAUGGGAAAUUGCUGCUGCUGCUGUGGGGGGAAACCCUCAAUAUACAGAGUACCUUAUAAUGCAAAAUCAGAACUCGAAAAGGAAAAAAAACCAUCGCGAAAAGCGAAAAAAGACGACUACAAACUACCGUCGAAUCCCGAAGAAGUGGAAGAUCUUCGUGGGUGUAUGGCAGCCAAUCAACUAACCGUUUUUACGUUCGACGAACUGAGAACCAUCACCGAGAAUUUCAGACAAGAUUACGUCUUGGGCGGAGGUGGGUUCGGAAAUGUAUACAAAGGUUACAUUAAUAUUACCGAAGACGUAAAACAAGAAGAAGUACUUAAACCGAUACCCGUUGCUGUUAAAGUUCACGACGGAGUCAACAGUAAUCAAGGUCAUCGAGAAUGGAUGGCCGAGGUAAUGUUUUUGGGGCAGCUCUCUCAUCCAAAUCUAGUGAAGUUGAUUGGGUAUUGUUGUGAAAACGAGCAUCGAGUCUUGAUAUACGAGUACAUGUGUCGUGGUAGUGUCGAAAACAAUCUUUUUUCGAGGGUGCUGCUUCCGCUUCCAUGGUCAACUAGAAUGAAGAUUGCGUUCGGCGCAGCAAAGGGACUCGCUUUUCUACACGAAGCAGAUAAACCGGUCAUCUAUCGCGAUUUUAAGACGUCAAACAUAUUAUUAGACCAAGAAUAUAAUGCAAAACUCGCGGAUUUCGGACUAGCUAAAGACGGGCCCGAAGGAGACGAGUCCCAUGUAUCUACGCGUAUAAUGGGAACAUAUGGCUAUGCAGCACCAGAAUACAUAAUGACAGGGCACUUAACUUCUAGAAGCGACGUAUAUAGCUUCGGAGUGGUACUUCUCGAGCUGAUUACGGGCCGGAAAUCGUUGGAUAGAUCGAGGCCACCGGGCCAACACAAUCUCACGGAUUGGGCGCUCCCGUUGCUUAGAGAAAAGAAGAAAGUGAUUAACAUUGUCGAUCCAAGAUUAGGGGGCGAUUAUCCAAUUAAGGGGGUUAAUAAAGCAGCUAUGUUGGCUUAUCAUUGUCUUAACAAGAAUUCGAAAGCAAGGCCUCUAAUGAGAGAUAUAGUUGAUUCUUUGGAGCCACUUCAAUUUGGUAGUGAUGAUCUUCUUACAAGUGAUGACAAGUUGUAAUGAGAAUUCUUGUUGAUGAUUUUUUAUAGUAAAAGAAACGGAAAAUUAUUCAUUCUCGUGCAAUAGUCUGCAAAUUUUAUGUUGGAUGUUGUGCUCGUCUUGCUCUAGGGACGAGACGGGUCGAGACGCGACCUAUUUGUAUGUGUGGGAAGUAUAGUCGUAUAAUCAAAGGGGAUAAUUGUAAAUAAUUGUGAGGGUUUUACAAAAUUACCCUCGAGGUUUGACUUUGAUACUUCAAAUCAAGGAGAUUUUUGUAAUU